AUGGAAUUCCAAUACAGCGAGAAUAGUGCUACGACGGUGACAUUUUCCAAGGCAUCUAGUGUGUUGAAAUAUGUUGGAAUUUUUAGUUUGCCACCGGAGAUAGACGAUAAAGAGCUAUCGGAUGUUUUCUCAAAGUAUGGAAUCAUUCAACGGAUGGUCAGGGAGAGGUACGGAGGUGAAACAGGAUUCCCAAUCUGGACGGGUGUGCGAGGAAUUCACAUGGAAGUGAGCAAUGAGAUUCCUGCGACAUUGCACGUGCGCAAUUUUCAAGCACGCGUGUUCUACGAGGGACUUAUAAACAAAUGUUUUGUUUGCGGAAGCAAGGAUCACAUAAAAGCGUUGUGUCCGAAGCGUGUUACGGUCAACAAUAGGUUGAAUCACCAAGUUCUGAGAUACAGCGACAUUGCUGCUGGACCGAGUCGUUGCUUAGCUGCGGUUACUGGCAAUGAGAGUGUAGAAACAACGGAACAAGAGCGGAAUGAAGUAUCUGAAAUCGUGCCAGAAAACAGCGAAAAGGUGACCAGGGAGGAAGGAAACGAGCAAAAUAGUAAUUUGAGAACUUUAAAACAUCCAUCGGAGGCUUCGGGAACACCAAUUCCAGAGAGUCUAAGACAGGACGCACUGGAUAAGGAGAUGGAUUCGGCACCAACAAAAAAAUAUCCGGAGCGGGCGAAACGUGGUCGGCAGGAAACAAAAACUAGUAAUAGAAAUGGAUCCGAAACAUCCACUGAGUCAGAUUCGGGAUCAGUCACAAUUCCAUCUUUUCCUAGUUUCUUAGAAGCGCAAAGUGCUUUAACACGUAGUAGAUCGAAAUCGAAGCAGCAAAAACAGAAUUGA